AUGAAGUUCCUCAUCGUCUUCGUCGCCCUCUUCGCUGUGGCUCUGGUAGCACCUGCUGACUCGGCAAUUUUAUGUUGCAGUUUUGAAACAUCUGAAGGCCAGUCCGCCCAAGAGGAGGGCGAACUUAAGGAUAUUGGCACAGAGCAUGAGGCUCUUUCCGUUCAUGGCAGUUACAAAUACAUUGGCGACGAUGGUAAAACCUACGAAGUCACCUAUAUUGCCGAUGAGAACGGUUUCCGGCCUCAGGGCUCUCAUAUUGUCAAUUAAAUGAUUGAUUAUUGAGCAAA